AUGUCAAAUUUAGAAAAGAUAACUAUCAGAAGUGCUGUGUUAGCCGAUCUUCCCAUUAUGUUCAAACUAAUGGAUGAUGCUUUAGAAAGUCCAUCAGAUAGCAAUGAAAUGGAGCAACGAUUGGAACGUUGGUCGACAAGAUUCAAUAAGAACUCAUCGUUUAUAUUUUACGUUGCUAUGACUGACGAUAAGAAUAUGAUUGGUUGGUGUUCUGGUCGGCAGACACUUGAAUGCAAUAGGACAGUUGGUGAUCAAACAUAUGAUUGUGAAGUAGGACAUAUGUUCAUUCUUAAACCGUAUCAACACCGUGGUAUUGGUCGUGAGCUAUGGAAAAUUGUAUGGAAUGAUGUUCUUACCAGAUUUUAUCCAAAAAAUUUUAUUGUUUGGUCAGUUGAUAAGGAACAAGCACAUCAAUUUUAUGUGUCACUCGGAGGUACACCGAUCGGAAAAAAGAACGUUGAAGAUACUAUUUUAACGGCAUACGUAUGGAAUGACCUUAAACUAUAUGAUUCAACAAAUUUUCUAAUGUUCAAAUGA